CAUUCCUCCUCACUUGUACUGUAAACCUAAGAGUCGAAGCUUUAGAAUUUCAGUUCGCCGCUGCGGAAGCAUAACGAGCAAAUAAAUAACCUUCCGCUGCAGCGAUCUUGUAUUGAAAUUCUUUCGCUUCGAUGGCUCGCUCUAUCUCCAACUCGAAGGUUCUUUCUGCUUUUGUCUCCGACUCCGUUUCUGCUUUUCUCAGCAGGCGUGGAUAUGCGGCGGCAUCACAAGGUGUGGUCUCCAGUGGUGCCAAAGGAGGUGUGCCAAGGAUGAUGCAAAAAAGUGGAGAGGAAUCAUCAGUGAAGACAUCAUGGGUGCCAGAUCCAGUUACUGGUUACUACAGGCCUGAGGGACAAGCUAAUGAGAUUGAUGCUGCUGAGCUCCGUAAAAUGCUCUUGAAGCACAAAUCUAGAAACAACUGAAGAAAACCUAUGGAUCGAAAAACGAAGUUCAGGCUUUGAUCAAGGUCUCUGGUCAACUAGAAAAGAGCUGGAGGAUUUUAGGAGAUAUGUGUUAUUAGUAAAAAAAUAGUGAAAAUCUACUCCUUGUCGUUGAUGCUUCGUGCUUUUCAAUUUUAAGCUUAAUGUUUUUCUCCUAUCUCUAUCUUUUUUCAUGCAAUGAAGGAAUCGUAUUAUUACGUUA